GGGGGGCGGCGGGUUCUGUUUCUGUAUCGUGUAAGUGAGUUGGCAGAGUUUGGAUUUGCAUCUUGAAGACAUCGUUUAGGCGAUUACUUUUAAAUAUAUUAAACAAGGAAGAUGUUUGGAUUCCAUAAGCCAAAGAUGUACCGGAGUAUAGAUGGGUGCUGUAUCUGCAGAGCCAAGUCCUCAAGCUCUCGCUUUACUGACAGCAAGCGGUAUGAAAAGGACUUUCACAGUUGUUUUGGGCUGCAUGAAAAUCGUUCUGGAGAAAUCUGUAACGCUUGUGUGCUACUUGUGAAGAGGUGGAAGAAGCUACCGGUGGGAUCUAAAAAGAACUGGAAUCACGUGGUAGAUGCAAGAGGUGGACCAAGUUUAAAAACUGCCGUAAAGACAAAGAAAAUGAAGUCUCUGACCAGAAGAAUAAGGUCAGGCCAGAUCAGCAAACUCAAGAAGGGAUUAAAACGACAAAAUUCUGAUGCCCACAGUACCACAUCAAGUGCCUCCCCAGCUCAGUCCCCAAGCUACAGCAAUCACUCCGACGAGGGAUCUGACACAGAGCUGGGCACAGGCUCCGGCAGGAUGCCCGUCUUCUCCUUCCUUGACCUUACAUACUGGAAAAGACAGAAGGUGUGUUGCGGGAUAAUCUACAAGGGCCGUUUUGGUGAGGUCCUUAUUGAUCCCCAUCUCUUCAAACCCUGUUGCAGCAAUAAAAAGGAGGUGGUAGAAACCCAGAAUACACAAGGCCUGCUGUCCCCAUCAAUCAUAAAAGAGGAGGAUGAAGAGUGGUGACCCACUACACCCACAGUUCCUGAAUCGGUGGAAUUCUGAAAAAGCUUUGGGUGGUUUGAGCAGAUCAAACACUAUUUUUUUAAUUCCC